UAGAAACAAAGAGAUGGAGACUAGAAACAAAGAGAUGGAGGAGAUAAAACAGAAGCUGGAAAAACUAACUGGUGACAACAACGAGCUUCAAGAGGAGAAGAAGAAGCUGAAGAAGGAGAUGGAGACCAGAAACAAAGAGAUGGAGACCAGAAACAAAGAGAUGGAGACCAGAAACAAAGAGCUGGAGACCAAAAACAAAGAGAUGGAGGAGAUAAAAGAUGAGAACAGCAGCAGCUCAGACAGUCAGGAGACGUCAGGAGACAUCACUGUGGUGGUUAAUGACAACUACAGAUAUAUCAGUCUGAGAAACAAGUCUGAUCAGGACAAACCACUGGGGGGACGUCAGUUAAAAGUCCAGAUCAACAAUAAAAAACCCAUCACAUACACAUUUGAUCCAUCAGUGAAACUCAAGACUGGAAAGUCUGUUACUAUAUGGCCUUCAGACCAUGAGUAUUAUAAAGUACCUGGUGACCUGGUGUGGGAGGACCUGAAGUCCUGGUGGCCUGGAGACAGAGUCCAGGUCUCUCUGCAGUGAAAUAGUUCCCAGUUGAACUCCUUCAAUAAAGUUCAGUAAUCCAGCAAACAGCAACAUUAUAGAUGAGAAACAGCAUGCUCAAAAUCACGCAGUGUAACUAAACACAGACACACACUUCCAAAUACAAUAAUACACUAACACAGUUCACCAAAUCUACCAAAGCACUGACACACGUUGUCUUCCAACAGAAACAUUUAGUCAGUCACAGCACAGUGUCAUAAAAAACACUGACAACUGAUGGAAUAACACAAACUGAAUCACUUUGAAUGUGUCAAAUCUACUUUUUUCUUUUUUCUGUCACAAUCAACAGAUUAUUGGAUUGAUCAUACAUGUAAAUUAAUGUUUGUGAUGACGUUAUUCAUUUUUCAUUUGUUGGACCGGAAUUUUGUUCCUUUCUUUGCACAACACUCAGUACAAAAAGUGAACGACCCAUGUCAGAGCAGCUUUACAGAAUGUUUAUGAAAGAAGAAGAUGAAAAUGAAAAUGACUUGCAGUAAAGAGGAAAAUAAUCAGCAUUUAGCUGUCAUUCAUUGCUGUGUUGUCAAAUACACAAAAAUAAAAAGGAGCAGAAGAAAUCACUGUAAAAGAGGAAGAAAAAAGCUAAUCUCCUCGGCCGUCAGCAUUGGGCCACAUAUUUUCAUUGACAUCACACCUGAUGUCUUCUCUGGCCAGGCAUCUUGGGAAGUAUCUUAUUGCAUGCCUUAUCCAGUCCUGGCACUUGUCAGCUGUGAUGUCCUGGCAUGCAGCAGCCAUUGCAUCCAGGAGGGACAUUUGGUCAUGUGGACAGUGAUCGAAUACUUACUUUGAGGGACCUUCAUUUAAAAAAUAAAUAAAUAAAUAAAGAAUACACUUUUGCAUAUUAUUAUUAUUGACUGUUAUGUGUGCAUUGUAUUAAACUUAGUUGCAGAAAUGUGAGUGAUUUAGGCUUAAUCACUGUAGCUAUGGCGACAAAACAGACCCCAACACCAUAGCAUGACAUGCAACUCCCCAUAAAUGUAACAAGAGCUGUGAUUGGUCCACUUGGUAGUAGCACUUUAUUUCUGGCUGCUUCUCCAUCUCAGCAUUUUCAAAUCAACUGUUUUGGAUCAAUAAAGAUGGAACACGUUGAAGAAAAUGAAAUAAAUGUUACAUUUGUAGAAAGAUAUGAGCGGAAUCUGUCUGAAGUUUAAACAAACUUUAUGACAACACUCAUUGUCAAGAUGGGAAAUCUAAGUAGAAACAUAAACACUUAAAAUGGAAGCUGAUAUGAAUUUAAAAUGUGUGUUUGCUUCUUGAGUUGAAACUGGUUUUCUUCAGGGUUUUUUUUUCUAAGUUUGUUGUUUCUGUUUGUACUGAGAGUAAUGUCACUACUGAACUGUUUGAAGUCAUUAUUGAGGAAAAACUGAGUUUGACAGAACAUACAGUUAAAUGGUAGAAAAUGCUCAGGAUUUAUCAUGUUUCUAUACAGUAUAAAGAAAACCUUAUCAUAUGUCCAAGAAGAUGAACGUCCUGGAGUUUAUUGAUGAAUCUGAGAACACGUCUCCAGCCUCGAGAACAGAAACUUGAAAUAUCAAGUGUGUUGACUUCUUCCAGCUCUGUCUGUUACUGCAGGUGUUCUUCAUACCGUACAGAAUUCUUACAGUCUGUGAAUUCUUUUGAAUAAAUGUCAAUCAGCAGCAGUAUCUGUGCAUCACGUAGAUUUCCUCCAGCAUCUCCUCUCCAUGUUACCAGGCUGCUGUAGAGGCUGUGCAGUCUCUGGGUCCUGGAAGACAUAUUUUUAUCAGCACCACAUCACUGACUUUAUAUUAAUCUGGACUAAAUAAGCAGGACAUCUCCACAGCACUGACAUGAUACCUCAAGCAUUCUGGAGUCCAGUGACAGCAUCUCCUCAUCUGCAGAGGUUCACUCCUCCUGACAUAUACAUGCAGACGUGAAUCAACAGAACUCAUGUGGACAUUUAAAGGACAAGUCAAACCUGUUAUUUAAUGUACAGAACUAACUGGAUCAUCUUCUGGUGGCUCCAAAAGUAAAACCGUGUCCCCAGACGCUGCAAGAUCAUUCUGAGACAGAUAGUAGAAUAUUAUCAAGUGUGUUUGAUCUGUAGUAGAACUGAACCCUUAAGAAGCUGCUACUUCCUGUUGCUCAGACCAUCCAUCACAGUCCCUAAGUGAAUCUCCUCCAUCACAGGCCCCCCUUUAUUAAGAUCCCCUUUUUAUGCAUUUUUAAGUCUGUUCCUUUGUUGAUUUAACCUGUGGAAACAUGUGUUAUUAAAGAUGAACACUCCGCCAACAUCAAAUGUAA